ACAUGAUGAGCUGCUAAUUCAAUGCAAGCUCCCUUUCCACGAGGUCCAAUGUUAUGAAAAAAUGUAUAUGCUUUACUGAUGGUGAUUUAUGGUGUAAUCAACAGUUGCACUGUUCUAUUUCUUCUAGGUUUACCAGAAGAUUUCCACAAUAAAGAUUACAAACCACCUUCAGAGCCUCCAUGUAUUAUUGACAAGUUAUGUUCCGUACAUGACGGAUUGGAAUUGGAGGCAAAGGGUAUUAAACAACAUUACUGGAAGCCAUACAUCAGGAAACUUUUUGAGAAAAAGAUCCUAAAGGGAAAAGCAGAAACUCUUACUGGCUUUCUGGAUCCUGGGAACUUUACAGAAAGUGUAAAAGCUAUUAACAAGGCCUAUGAAGAAUACGUGUUAACUGUGGGAAACAUUGAUGAAAGGAUUUUCCUGGGAGAUGAUGCAGAUGAAGAGAUAGGAACCCCAAACAGGUUUCUGAGCAACAUGUCAAAUGCAGAAACAGCUGAAAGGAUGCAAGUGGAGCACAAUCUUCAACAACAUUUUGACAAUUCCAGGACACUCUCAGUUUCAACACCACUUACUGGUCGCAAGUAUAUGAAAGAAGGCAACCCAUGUGUGACGCCAAUCUCCUCUGCAACACAGUGUGUUGGCCGUCUUCAUGCCAUAUUAACAGGGCUGAAAAAUACCCCAAGUGAGAAAUUAUUACAGAUUUUCAGGUCCUGCUCCAGAGAUCCCACACAGUCUGUUCUUAACAGAGUCAAAGAGAUGGGUGAAAUAUUUUGUCACCAUUACACACAGUCUACCAAGGAUCACUCUGGCUUCUCAAUAGACAGUACUACCAAGUGCCUUCGACUUGCAGAAGUUCUUUACUACAAAGUCCUGGAAACAGUCAUUGAGCAGGAAAAAAGGAGGUUAGGAGAUAUAGAUCUGACUGGGAUAUUGGAACAAGAUGUAUUUCACCGAUCUCUUCUGGCUUGUUGCCUUGAAAUAGUUAUCUUUUCUUAUAAACCUCCAGGGGACUAUUCGUGGAUCAUUGAGAUCUAUGACCUUCCACCUUAUCACUUUUAUAAGGUGAUAGAAGUACUUAUAAGGGCAGAGGACGGUCUCUUCAGGGAGGUAGUGAAACACCUAAAUCAUAUUGAGGAAACAAUCCUGGAAAACAUGGCGUGGAAACAAGAAUCACCCCUUUGGGAUGGAAUUAAAGAUGCAGAAAACAAGGUUCCAACAUGUGAGGAGGUGAUGCCGCCACAUUACUUUGAAAAUCUGGAGAACACCGGAAGCAGUGAGAUGUAUUCUCCCAUUACUCCUACACGACUUAAGGAGGUUCACACUGAGGGUGGCAAGAAAGAAACCAUUGCAUCUCCCACCACGUUACAUGAUCGAUACAGCUCUCCAACAGCAAGUAAUGCAAGAAGAAGGCUGUUUGUGGACAGUGAAAGCAAUCCUGAUCCUUCUUCAAGCAACUCCCUCAGAAAUUCCCAGCAACAAACAGUUAGCACUGUACCAGUCCAGAAUGUGAAUACUGACACUGUUUCUAUUGCACAUGUCCCUGGUCAGACUUUAGUAACCAUGGCAACUGCAACUGUUACGGCUACCAACGGACAAACUGUUACGAUACCGGUUCAAGGUAUCGCAAAUGAAAAUGGAGGAAUUACUUUCAUCCCUGUUCAGCUCAGUGUUACAGGACAGGCCCAAUCUGUGACAAACUCCAUUCAACCCCUCACUGCACAGACCCUUGCCAGCAGUCACCAGUUAUCUGGAACUACAGUGCAGAUUGCUGGACAGGUAUCAAUGCAGCAAUCCCCAGGACACCGACAAAACCAAUGCCAAAUGGCAAUGAGCAGCAGACCUAAAAAGACUGGCUCAGUAGCUCUGUUCUUUAGAAAGGUUUAUCAUUUGGCCAGUAUUCGUCUGCGUGAUCUCUGUGCAAAACUGGAUAUUACGGAUGAUUUGAGGAGGAAAAUCUGGACAUGUUUUGAAUAUUCCUUGGUCAACUGCACAGAUCUUAUGGUUGAUAGGCACUUAGAUCAGCUGCUGAUGUGUGCUGUUUACAUAAUGUCCAAGGUGACAAAAGAGGAUAGAUCCUUCCAGAAUAUUAUGCGUAGCUAUAGAACACAACCGCAGGCCAGCAGCAAUAUUUACAGAAGUGUGCUGCUAAAAGCUCGGAGAAGACGGACCUCAGGCAGUAGUGACAGUAGUGGUCGCCAGGGCUCACCAACUGAGACGAGCAGAGACAGGACCAGCAGAGACUCUAGCCCAAACAUGAGGUCUAGCAGUACACUGCCUGUACCUCAACCUAGCAGUGCACCACCUACCCCAACUCGACUAGCUGGAGCGAACAGUGAUAUGGAAGAGGAGGAGAGGGGUGAUCUCAUUCAAUUCUACAAUAAUAUCUACAUCAGAAGAGUCAAAGCAUUUGCAUUGAAAUAUUCCUCAUCAAAUGCAGAGAAUGGGAAGGAAGCUCCAUCUUUAUCACCCUUCCCAUCUGUAAGGACAGGAUCACCACGCAGGGUCUUACUCUCUCAGCACCACUCCAUUUAUAUAUCACCUCACAAGAAUGGGGGCUCACUCUCACCAAGAGAAAAAAUGUUUUACUGUUUUAGCAAAAGUCCAUCAAAGAGACUGAGAGACAUUAACAGCAUGAUUAAGUCUGGUGAAUCACCAACCAAGAAGCGUGGAUUGUCAUUGGAUGAAGGCAAUGAAUUACCAGCCAAGAGGAUCUGUCAGGAGAAUCACACUGCAUUGUAUAGGCGUUUGCAGGAUGUAGCCAAUGACAGAGGAUCACACUGAUCCAGCAUGGGGUGUCAACCUCAGUUGCUGUGAAUAGUUUGCCUUCCUCAAGAAUCUCAACCUGAAAAGCAAACUACAAAACAUUACAGUUAAGUUUAAAGCUUCUGAAGGUUAUACAGGCAUUGAACACUGUAGGAAAAAAAAUCAGAAACUGCAAGGGAACGAGAUUCUGAUGCUUUGAGAAGUUACUUGUGCUUUUCUCACUGUCUCCACCCCCCUCCCCGCCACCCCCCACAAAAUCUGCCAGUUGAAGGCAGAGGGGAUUUUUAGGUUAAGAUUGUUGAAGCAUUAAAAUGUUUCUAAUUGUUUUAAAAAGCUUUUAAAGCAGGCUUAGAACAGCAUGCACAUCAUACCAAAUUUAAUUACAGCAUUAACUUUCAUGUGGAAAAUUUUAACUGGGUAUUUGAAAGCAUUAAAAACUGUAAAAAUCUGUCAAAACAAGAAAAUGUUGUACUUUUGCAAUACUGUGGAAGAAACUCCUAGAGCUAAGUUCAUCUCCACACAGCAUUCCAAAACGACGCCAUGUAUUAUGUACACAAGUUUGUGCGCUAACAUGUGUUAUGCUUACUGUUAUGGUGUGCACAGAAUUGGCAACUGUCUUGUAUUCUUCAUUUAGUUUGAAAGGUUAGGAUAAUUAGGACGAGUAGUAUGUUACUGAUGCACUAAGUGCAAAUACAUAGGAGAGACGAAGCGUGACCAUGAAACAGUAGACUAAAUAUUUGAAGGGAAUAUCCUCAUAGCUACAUGCUGGUUGUAUUUUAUCAUAUUGUUAAAAAAAACUUAACAUUCCCUAUGAAGCAAUGUACUUUCAUGUAUUGAAUAUCUAAGUAAACAGGAGCAAGACUUCAGUAGAGCAGAAGGAAUUAUUCUAGCUUAAUAGAAUACAUUGUGAUGUUUUCACCAUCAGAUGGGUUGAAUAUACACCAAGUGAAUUUAAUCAUUUGGAAAUAGGAACAGGGUAUAGGAUUACAAAGAAAAAAAUUGGUUUUCAACAGUGCCAAUCCACAUAGAUCAGGAGUUCAAAUCAAAACCAUACCAGAGAAUGUAGUUGAAACACAGUUACUGAUUCAAGGUGACUUUGCAUUAGGCCUGAAUAGUGACAAGUAAUUCAAAAUAAAAUCUGGACAUCCAGACUUGAAUGUUAAUUUCAAUAAGAGAUAAUAAAACAUACCAGUUUGUAUAUCAGUUAUGGUUUAUAAAGAUGAUCAAAGAGACUUUUUUUAAAGUUUAUCCACCCUUUCAGAAAUUUUACUCACAUUGCCUUGUAAAAGGAGGAAGUGUAGUUUGCUGACUGUAGUGGUGAUGACAAUGCUCAGAGGUUUAAAAACUCCAAAAUUCUUACAUAAAGCACCAUUACUCAACUUGAGCAAUUUGUUGACCUUACUGCAGUUCCCUGCAACAUGGCUGCUAUGAAAUUGCCUAGGCUAGCCCACUAGCCAAUAUACACGAUUACCAGCUCCAGCCCGGUGGCUGACAGUGCCUGUAGACUUUGCCAUAGGGUAUCCCGGUCACCUGGGCCAUUGCUUAGCUGAAGCAGCUAGAUGUAGCAGGCUGUUCAUCUCAUCAUCACUCCCAUGAACAUGGACUAGACUAGAACCAUUUACAAACCAUAACAGACAGGAGUGGCAGAGAACAUGUUUCAGCAUACCUCUAAACCUGGAUUGCUGCCUUCUGUCCUUUGGAUGGGAAUUAAACCAUAUCUCUUCCUAUCCCACUCUGGUUAUUAUCCAAUACACAUGCAUGAUGUUGGGGCACAAUAAAUAAAAAUUCUCAAGUUCACUCAUGACACAGUCAACAGUCCCAUCCCCACAAAUCAAAAAUACAUCUCUUAAAACAUGGUCACAUAACAAUUAACCUGUUCACUAUUUGGAGGCAGUUUCUGACAAAUCUUUCUGCACCGUUGCAAGUGAAUGUGACAGAAUCUGCACAUAAAAUGUAACAAAUUUGAUGGCUAAUUAUUUAAAAGUUAUGCACACUUCAAGAAUUCCACUGAAUUCAAAGACAGAGCAAGCACAAUUAAAAGUGUGAUCACAAAGUCCAUUCAUCAAGCCAGAAUGUGUUACCAUACCCAUGCAUUUUGAAAUUACAUCAAGUGUGCUAUUAGAAAUAAAUUCAGUUCAGGCAAUUGUCAAUAUUUCUUCAAUGUGCAAUCAAACCAAUGAUGCCCUCUGCUGACAACAGAUCAAAGAUUAGAAGUAGAGAUAUUUGGAUUCAGUUAAGCGGAAGUAUUUUUAAUGUUAAAGUUCUUUAGCAUAGUCAAUUGACAAAAGUUGUUAAUUUGCCAAUUAGUGUUGUACAAGAGUAGAAUUUAAGUGCAGCCAUCAUUAACCAAUGCUUCAACCAACCAGAGGCAACAAUCCAGAUGUUCUGCCCCAAUAGCAGAAGAUGAGGAAUAAUCAAAUGAUAACAAGCAAAUCAAAUACUUAAAAUCCUGAUUGAAAUAUCUGACAGCCAGUCCAUCAUUGAUUAAUGCAAAGAAGAGGUGAAACAAUAAUCACCAUGCUGGAACAUAUGGUCUCCUUCCAUUACUUUGAAAUGGACAUGACAAAUAAUGAAAGUGUGGAUUUUAGCUUCCAUAGCUGUUACAGUGGGAAAAUCAGGAAGCCAUAAGGAAAAUUGUAUCCAAGAUCUUUUAAUGCUUGGAACAUAGUUUACAUGAGAGAUUCAUAUUUAAACAUUUUUCAGUCAAAAUAUUUUAAAUGAGGUUGACAAGCCUCUGAACAAAGUUUGGUUUUACCAACUGCAGCUACACAACCCAUUUCCAGAUCUUUGCCUAUAAACGCUUCAAUUUAGUUGCUAGGAAAUUCAAAAAUAAUUCUCUUUUACAAAGUUCAAAAUUUAUGUUUGAUCCUCAACCAAAUGUAAAUUUUGUUUAGUAUGGAAGUAGCAUGUAUUCUUCUUGGGGCAGGAGAAGAAAGUUGGGAAGUGACCAUGUUCACAGUGAUGUACACAAAGUGACCCUUCCAAGUAUACAGCGCAGGCUCUUUGGUUAAACAACCAAUUUUGGGCUCAUGUGACUCAAUGGAACGUUUGUAACACUGGGUCAGAAGGUCCUUGUGCCAAGGUUCACCUGCCCCACUGUCAUAAUAUCUGACCUGGUUGAAAAAAGUCUACAAUCACAGCUGCAUGAACAAACGUGAAACAACUUAAUACACACAAUGCAACCUCACUCAAAAAUCAAAUGAAAGUUUUGACACAUGCUCUUUUCCAAACAUUCUGUAAACUUGUUCAAAUUAAUGCAAAAUAUAAGUAUUAAAAGUUUUUAAAAUUGA